AUGAAGAUUUCACAACAAAUAUGGAAUGAUCUAUUGAUGACACCAAAUAAUCGCAGUGUCACUCAAAUCAAAUAUACAGAUAAUGAAUGGUUAAAUGAACUGAUUUGUUUUGUUGUCAAUGGUUCUUAUGAGAAAUUAUUUAAUGAAAAUCCAAAUCUACGAGAUUUCAUCAAUAAAACUCAUGAUGAUAUUCAAUCGAUUGAGAUUAUGAAUAAAUUAAAUCAUGAUCAAGAACUUGUUGAUUUAUUGUAUGUUCUCAUUGGUAUUGCAUAUCUUCAAUUGUUUAUUAUUAAUAAUUUUCUCGGACCUAAAAUUGAACUUGAUAAUGAUGUUGAACAAUCAAUAUCAGAAAGUUCAAUCAAUGAAUUAUUAACCUGUGAUGGUGUAGUACCGGUUUCAACUGUUCAACAUUUAGAUUAUUUAUAUCAAGCAACAAAAGUAUUUAAUGUUGAAAGAAAUACUAAUUGGACUGAUUAUUGGUGGACAAUGCGGACAUUAUUUACUCAUCAAAAAAUGUUGGAAGAACGUUCAAUGACAUUAUGUGAUAAUAUUCAACGAAGCAUUGAUAAACUUCUUGCUUAUCAAUCGGAAAUGGAUAAAACACAACAAAUUUUAUUCUUUAUUGAAAUGGCUUAUGCAUCUCAAUAUUAUUAUAACUGGAAACAAGUCGAAACAGCUAAAGCUCAAAUUAUUGAAUUAUCAGGUUUAGAAAUUAAUUUAACAGGACAACUUGGUAAACGAACACGUUAUCAAUUAAAUAAUACAUCUCAAUUACUUCUUGAUAUUACAAGAAAAGAUUUACAGCAAACAUCAACUAAUAAUAACAAAACAAAUGAAGAAAUUUCAAUAUUACCUAAAAAUCUUGCAUUGAAUGAUGAUGUUGUCCUUAAUCAAAUACAAUUUGAAAAUGAAAGUGAUAAUCAAAAUUUGACUAUUCAAUUAAAUGUUAUUGAACAAUUAGCAUUAUUAUUAAUUAUAUCUGAUCGUCAAGUUAAUAAUCCACGUCAUGAAAUUACAACAGAAGAACAAUUAGCUUUUCUAACUUAUAUAUUAGCUCGGCCAAUAAAUUGGUGUAUUCAAACAUGUUCACUUACAUUUCGUUGUCAACAUGAAACAGAAAGUAGUCGUAAAAUUGAACGAACAUUAUUACAAUUACAAGAAUUAAUUGAUCAACAAGAUAAUAAAGAUCCUUCAAGUUCAUUUCGUUUAGAAUAUUUUCAUUCAACACCAGUAUAUCCAACAUGGAAAUUAAAAAGUGACAUUGCUAAUAUUUAUGUUAAACUUGGUCUCGUCAAUAAUGCACUUGAUUUAUAUUUACAUUUAAAAAAAUGGUCUGAUGUUAUAUCAUGCUAUCAAAUAUUAAAAAAACUUUCUUUAGCUGAACAUGUAAUUCGUGAACAAUUAAAAAUUAAAGAAACACCAGAUUUAUUAUGUUCAUUAGGUGAAGUAACUGAUGAAUUCGAAUAUUUUGAACGUGCAUGGAUAUUAAGUAAAGAACGUAAUGGACGUGCACAACGUUUAAUGGGAAAAUAUUAUUUUAAUCGAGGAAAUUAUGAAAAAGCUUGUGAACAUUUAGUGAAAGCAGUUGAAAUUAAUUCUUUACAGCAUGACACAUGGUUUUGGCUUGGUAGCGCAGCAUUUCGUACAGAAAAAUGGGAAUUAGGUGCACGAGCUUAUAGUCGUUGUACUAAUAUUGAAUCUGAUAAUUUUGAAGCAUGGAAUAAUUUAGCUGCAUGUCAUACAAAGUUAAAACAAAAAGAUAGGGCACAUAAAGUUUUUAUUGAAGCUAUUAAAUGUAAUUAUGAUAAUUGGAAAGUAUGGGAAAACUUUCUUUGGACUAGUGCUGAUUGUGGAGAAAUUGAUGAUGUUAUUCAAGCUUAUCAUCGUUUGUUAGAUUUGAAAACUAAAUAUAUUGAUAAAGAAGUAUUACAACGUUUAGUACAUUUAUUAUCUGAAAAUGAUCAAAAUGAAAUUUGGAAUAAAAUCUAUCAAAAAUCUCUUGAAUUAUUUGGAAGAUUAACAUCACAAGUAACUAAUGAUGCGGAUAUAUGGGAAUUAUACAGUGAUUUAUGUCAAUUGAAAAAAGAAGAUACUUCACUUGAUUGGCAUAUGAAAACUUUACAACAUUUACAACGAGCUCAACGUUGUGCUGUUAAUCAGUCAUCUAGUUGGGAAAAUGAAAUCAAUACAAUUAAUGAUGUUCUUAUAUUAUCAAAUAAACUUGCAAUUAAUACAAUUAAUAAACUUACGGAACAUCGUGAGAAUGAAAGUUUCAAACAACUAUGUCAUUCAAUCCGUCUUGCAUUAAAUUCUGUUAUGACUCGGUUAAAACAAAAAUAUGACACAUCAUUAUUGACAACGAAUGAAAUCAUGGCAGAGAAUGUUCAACAAUUAGAAAAAUCGCUUUUACAAUUAACUGAUAUGUUACUUAAAAGUUGA